AUGACCUUGGUUCAUCAACGUAUUCGUGAAGAAUUGAAACAUAUGAGUUUUGAAGAUCUUCAAAAAAUGAGAGAAAAAUUAGGAUCUAAAGUAUACAAUGCGACACUAUUUGGUAAAAAUAAUAAAGUGAAAAAACGAGAAUUCAAUAAACUUGAUAGAGAUAAACCUUUAGAAGUUUCUGCUAAAAGAAGAGUUCCAAGAUUGAUGCAAGUUGUGCCUGUAAAGAAACCAGUAGCACGAGAUCCACGAUUUGAUAGACUUUGUGGUGAAUAUAAUGAAAGAGCAUUCAAAAAGGAUUAUGGUUUUUUGGAUGAAGUAAAGAAGAAUGAUUUAAAGACGUUGAGGAAGGAAUUACAAAAAGCGGAUGAUCCUGAAACAAUAAAGAAAAUUAAAUAUUUAAUUCAGAGGUUAGAAAAUCAAUUAAGAGAAACUGAUAGGAAAAUGAAAAAACAGCAAACAGAGAAAAUGGAAAAGCAGGAAAUUUUAGAAGCAAUAAAGAAAGGAGAGAAGCCACAUUUCAAGAAGAAAUCUGAAAAGAAAAUCCUCGACCUCGUCGCUCAAUAUGAAGAAUUGAAAGAGUCUGGUAAAUUGAAGAAACACAUCCAAAGGUUAAGGAAGAAAAAGAUGAUUAAAGACAGAAAGAAAAUGGCAAAAUCUGAUGCAAUUGAUGAUUGAACUUAGUAAAUAUUUUUCUGUAUAAUAAUGUAUGUAUAAUUAACUCUUCAUUAGCAAUUUAUAUUAUCAAAAAUAUCUAUUAAAACUAUUUACAUAAUUUUUCCUUGUUGGAAAAAAUAUUCUAUACAAUUUUAUAUAAAUUUAGUACAAAAGAAAAUUGCUAGUGAAAGGUUUGAUGUAAUUAUAUUAAACCAAACAGAUAU